UUUGACAAAUUUUGAAUUUUGAAACCAAGCGGGUAGCUUCUGCACUCGUUUUGGCGGGAAGGCAUUAACCGUUGUUGCCAUAACUUUGAUGCACAUCGCAUUGUUAAGUGAGAAUAUCGAUAGUCCACAACCUCUAAUUGUGUUAUCGAUAACGAUACACAUACUUUUGACAACACAAAAACAAGACGCAGCUGCUGAAGUCAUAACUGCGUAAAUAUUAAAUUAUAGUACAAAUAUUGGCUAAAGCUGACAAAUCGAAGUGCAACAUGUUCUCGCUGUUUGGCAAACGCAAGCCGGCCGAAACGCCCACCGAGGAGGCCAUUCAGGGCCCCGCCGAUUUGCCCAAACAAAGCGUUGGCGAUGAUUUCAUAUUUGUGGAGCGAAAAACUGACGCAGAUCCCAACACAGCGCCCGGUGGCAUGAUAUACCCGCCCAUGCCCCAAACAGCCUACGGCCCAAUGCCAUAUCCACCGCCGCUGGGUGGCCGCCCAGCAACAGGCCCUGGGCCAAAUCUAAAUGCGCCAGCCAGUUAUCUGCAGGACAUUCCGUUCGAGCUGUCACCGCAACUGGCCACCAAGGAUCGCUUCAAUGGCACCCAGUUGCAAGUGGACGGCAUUUUAGCACUGAUGACCCGUCAGCUCUCGGUGGAUGCACUGGCCGAGGAGUAUACAUUCACCCUGGAGCGUUCAGUGCAAAAUGAUUCGUACUGAAUAUGGCGAACAAUGAAACUAAUGCUAAUUUUAUACAUAAUUUAAUAUAUAUGUAAAUGUGUAGAAUAAUUAUAGAUUUGUUGCGUGUGAGAGAGCGAUAGAAAUUGAUUACACGGCCGAACAAAAUCAAAUAUGCGAAGGCUUGUCUUAUUUUCGAUUUGUGAAUCCCCCACAGGAAGCUUACAAUUUCGAGCAAAAGAUGGCGACACUUGCCAAUAAAUAUUUCGCUUAAG